AUGCUCUUUGAAACUCCCAAUUCCCCUCGCUCACCGAUCCACACCACCUCGCUCAGCCGAGUCACCGCCACCAUGGCUAACAACCCCUCCGACGGCCCCACCGACGACUUCUUCGAACAAAUCCUCGGAUUCCCAGCCUACGCACCAGCCGACGCCAACUUGGCGGGAAACAGUGGGACUCCGAUGAUGCUCCAGCUCAGCUCCGGCGACGGCUCGGCCCAUCUCGGCGGCGGUGGAGGUGGAGGUGGUGGUGGUGGGUUCCACGGGAGUGUGUUUCCGCUAGGGUUGAGUUUGGACCAGGGUAAGCAGGGUUUUCGUGAGGAUGUUGGUGAUGGCCGAUCGUCGUCUUCCUCCAUGAAAAACACUUUCUCAGGCCAGCCAAUGCCUAACACAGUUAAUGCCAUGGCACAUCCACCUUCUAUUCGUCCCAGGGUGCGGGCAAGACGAGGACAGGCUACGGAUCCACACAGCAUUGCUGAGAGGUUACGCAGAGAAAGAAUAGCAGAAAGGAUUAGAGCAUUGCAAGAUUUGGUUCCUAGUGUCAACAAGACAGAUAGAGCUGCCAUGCUUGAUGAAAUUGUGGAAUACGUGAAGUUCUUACGGCUCCAAGUUAAGGUUUUGAGCAUGAGUAGAUUGGGUGGAGCUGGUGCCGUGGCACCUCUGGUAACGGACAUUCCAAUAUCGUCCCUGGAGCAAGAUGCCGGUGAAAGUGGAAGGAAUCAAGCAGCUUGGGAGAAGUGGUCAAACGAUGGGACAGAAAAGCAGGUGGCUAAGCUCAUGGAAGAAAAUGUCGGGGCUGCCAUGCAGUUCCUCCAAUCAAAGGCACUUUGCAUCAUGCCCAUCUCACUGGCCUCGGCAAUAUACCAAACACAGCCACCGGAUGCCACCACAGUCGUCAAGUCCGAAUCACAUCCCCCAUCAUGAACCUUACGGAAAUGCUGGCUUUCGUGCGCCUCGACUAAUCUUGGAAGCUCAAUGUCACCGUCCACUUGUAGGGAGCCCAAUCAAAAUGGAGCAAAGUUCUGUAUGGACGAGCGUCAAAGGAGUUGGUAGCCCCUAAGAGAUUUCGAACCUGAGACAUUAAGAGGAAACAAACUUUUAAGUUCCAGGUCUAGACUUUUUUCCCAUUCUGUUGUUCAGCCUGGCUUAUAUUGUGUAAUUGUAUUGUAACCAUGUUUGUUCUUGCACUGGCAAUACAAUAGGAGUCAUGUUGUGUAGAGAUUAUAGACAA